GUUCAUGAACACUGAAUGUACUUUAUACGCUUUGUACCUGGGGAAACUUUCGUCUUUGUCAGAGCGGUCAAGCCCCUGGAGUUUCCUCCUGCCCCUCUGACGUCACACAGAGUUUAUGAGCGGCUCGCGGGCUUCCGCAGCCACCAUCCGUCUGUCGGCAUGAAAGGCGCGCGCACCCUGCAGCAGCUCUCGCUAACCGUGAAGCGGAGCCUUCAUCAUCAUCAUCAUCCUCCUCCUCCUCUGCAGCACUCCGUGGGAAUAAUCGGAGCACCUUUCUCCAAGGGCCAGCCCAAGGAUGGAGUGGAGUGUGCACCGAACAAGUUACGAGCAGCGGGACUCCUGGAGCGGCUACAGCAACAGGGCUGUGCCGUGAAGGAUUACGGGAACCUGACGUUUGAGAACGUCGCACUUGACGAGCCGGUCAAAGGGUCAAAAAGUGUCCGGACGGUGGGAAGCGCCAACCAGAGGCUGUCGGAGGCGGUGAAGGCAGUGAAGAGGGAUGGGCACACCGCCGUGAUGCUUGGAGGAGACCACAGUCUCGCCAUUGGCUCUAUCCACGGUCACACCGCAGCCGUCGGCCCAGUAAGCGUUGUUUGGGUGGACGCUCACGCCGACAUCCACACGCCGCUGUCCUCAAACACAGGAAACAUUCAUGGGCAGCCCAUGUCGUACCUCCUAUACGAGUUGCAGUCGAAGGUCCCCCCGUUACCAAACUUUUCCUGGAUGAAGCCCUGUCUGUCGUCCCGGGAUCUCGUCUACAUCGGCCUGAGAGACGUGGAUCCGGAGGAGCACUACAUCAUGAAGUUGCUGACGGUGAAGGCGUUCUCCAUGACACAGGUGGAUCAGCUGGGCGUGGCUAGAGUUAUGGAGGAGACGUGCGAUUACCUGUGGGACAGAUCUAAGAAACCGAUCCACCUGAGCUACGACAUUGACGCCAUCGACCCCUCCGUUACCCCAGCAACAGGAACACCUGCGGUAGGAGGGCUCACCUACAGAGAGGGGAUUUACAUCACAGAGUACCUCUGUCAGACAGGUCUGCUCUCGGCUGUGGACAUGGUGGAGGUGAACCCUCUGAGGGGACGAACAGAGGACGACGUCCACUCUACCGUCAGCACGGCGGUCGACCUGCUGCUCGGAUGUUUCGGACGUCGCCGGGAAGGAAACCAUCUACCGGAUUAUUCCCUGCCAGAGCCGUAACAAAAACAAUUCCUGUCUGUCUGCCAGGAGCCUGAACGCAUCACACUGAGAAAUACUUCACUAUGAAUUUAACUGCUGCUAUGAGGCCUCGAGGUGGUCAUCUUCCAGUUUUAAGAACUGAAUCAGUUCACUGAACUUAAAAAUGCACAAAUGAUGGCACAUGUAUAAACUUUUAAUUAUGUAUUGUUGAUUUAUUGUUUUAUCUAUAAAAGGAGGAAAAAAAAUCCUGUGUCGUCUUGUAACCGAUUUUUCAACUCCAAAACGUUUUUGAAGCAAGAAAGAGAAACAUUUGGUACAAGAACACUAAAAUGUGUGUUAAAGUAUUUAACAUAAAAGCACAACCCAAAACCAAAAAAUCUGCUUACUGACACAGAAAACCAACAAAUAUGAGACCUCAGAAAAUACACCAAAGGGAUGCAAAGGUUACCACAAAAAAAAAAAAAAAACCCAGAAGUAAUUACAAGAGUUUUGGAGCUUACAAAAAAGCUCAAAACAUGCUUUAAAACAUGGAAAGAAACACAUUAAUAUAUUUUAUCAGGAUUUUAUGUGGUAAACCAGCACAGAAUACUGACAGACCAGGCAAGGAGAACAUUAAACAGACAACCAGACCUACUACAGAGUAGAUUAAAUCAUAGUAGACAUUAUUUCUAUCUAUGCAUACAUGGGUUUACCUGCAACAAAUGAGAUGAAGCCUCCCAUCUGUGUUUCUGCAGAAAUGUAUACUUUAUUCUCAUCACUUCAUGUUGAACAUUAUCAUUACGUUAUCAACAUCAUCUUUACAUCACAGUUCUCUCAUAGAUACACAAAAAUGAUCACAGAUUUUUCUUGCAAAAUCACUUGGAUGAUAAAAAAUAUCAAAUAAAAUCAUAACAAGCAUUUACACACACCUGAUCUGUAGUUGCCUCACAGAGUUAACUUGGUGUAUUCUGGUAUUGAAGUUCCCAUAAAACAACCAGUAUGGCAAGUUUGCUAAUAGUUCUAUCUUUUACAAAGGAAAAUUAAGGCCUUUAAAAUGUCUUAAAUUCAUUUUUUAAAAAGAAGUAAGUAAGCCUUAAAUACAUGAAUCAAAUGUCUUAAAUGCUGUCUUAGCAGGACUAUUUAUUUCCUAUAUUCCAUAUUUUUUUUUGCUGGGCCAUUAAGGUUACUGGUAACUCACUGCUAGCAUAACCCUUUCUAGCUAGCUAGCUAUAUAUAGUAAUUUAUUGGCAGUUGGCUGGAUGAAAUUUGGAUAUUUCUGAGGAGCUAUAGGACUUAAAUUUCCUUCUAAAAGGUCUUAAAUUUGAACUACUGAAAGAAACCCUGUAAACGGGCCAGUCAGAAGCAAAGGAUGCUUAAUAUAUAGACCAAAUCAGGAAUGUUUUCACUCAAACUGACCUAAUAAGUAAUAAUAUGGAAAGUUGAAAAUCAAACAGGGUCAUUUGAAAUGAUGUUGGAA